AUUACCAAAUAUGCCUUGACUUUGUUACUUUAUAUUUGACCUCUUUACCAUGCUUAUAUAUAAUAAUAGUUCACUAAUUUUGAUGUUACUACAUAUGCUUUUCCCCGAUCUUGGGCUAUUAAAUUCAUCACAUUCACAUCACAUCACAUCACAUAACCGCACUAUAUAAAAAUAAUGUUUGUGACUGCUAGUUCCUGUUCCUGUGUUAUGAUCACAGCUUCUUCCUCUGUUAUAAUCCAUAGCUAAAGUGGUGAAGGAGACACAUGUUAUAUUAUGUUCCACCUUUUAUGGUGUCAUCUGUCUUAAGUGGGUUUUAGUUUGCUUGAGAUUUGAUAGGAUGGGGAAGCUUGGUAGGAUGCUAGACACGUUCUGUCUUUCUUCAGGAUCAAACUCUUGUUUCUGUUUGAAUUCCAUGGAAGCUGAAGAUGAAUUCGAGAACAAGCCUUUGGUUGCAAGUGGCAAUAAUGAUCACAAACUAAGACUCAAGGAUGUCGUCUCAGGAAAACAGACUUUGGCUUUUCAACUGAAGCCUAAGAUAGUGGUGUUGAGGGUAUCCAUGCAUUGUCAUGGUUGUGCUAGAAAAGUGGAGAAGCAUAUCUCAAAGUUGGAAGGAGUGAGUUCAUACAAGGUAGAUCUAGAAACCAAAAUGGUAGUUGUUAUUGGCGACAUUCUUCCUUUUGAAGUAUUGGAAAGUGUAUCUAAGGUUAAAAAUGCAGAGCUUUGGAAUUCUCCACUCUGAAAACUGAUGAGGAAAAAACUUCUGCUCACAACACAACCACCAUCCUCAGCACCAGAUUCAACAACUCUUAUUUUAUCUCUCAUUUUUUUCUUUUUGUUGUUGUUAUACAUAGAAUAUCAUAAGAUUGAUACCCCAUGCCAAAUUAAAUGCCAUGCUCCAGCAAUUCUUUUGUAAGAAAGAAAAGUUAAAGAGAAACAAUGAAAAAGAGAGGCAUUAAUGUCUCUCCCGGUGAAAUUUCGCAUA